AUGAGCUCUUCGCCCGCACCAGUCGAAUCGCCGAAUCAGUACAGCCUAGUAUCCGAUACCUACGGACCGGGCGUCGUCCUAGCCUGGAUCUUAGUCGCCUACACCAUUGCGGCGCACAUCAUUGAACGCGCCUCUCCGGGAAUAGACACCAUCAAACGCGACCUUCUCAUAACCGUCAGCUUUCCCGCCGGCGUCGCCGUUCAUCUCGUCAUUCUAGUCAGCCAAUAUCCCGACCCCCAUAUGGGCCCCUGCGGUAGUGUGCAGGAUAGCUUCGGCAUGAACCUCACGCUGGGCAUAAUGGCCUCCAUUGCUGCACGACCAAACUGGCCCAUCAAGAGAUUGUGUCUGCUGGGAGUAUCGAACACCUGGAUCUUCAUCGCCCUAUGCUACGCACGACACGGAUGGUCCUUGCUCGUUAUUGGCGCAGCUUUCCUUCCAGCAGCGACACCAUCAAUUGGAUGUCUAUGGGGCGCUAUGUGCUUCUGCAUCGUGGCUUUCGCCCACUCCAUAAUCCGAACGUCCUUGCGGGGUUCUUGCAUGGGGUUCUUCUUCCGUAUGGUCGCUCUGGCCAUUUCAUUCGGCUUCCUUCUUUAUAUCAUCGUCAUCUUCGGCGGUUUGGGACUUGUUUGGUAUUACUGGAUCUUGCCCGAUACGAACAUUUCGAUUGCCGAGUAUGAGCAACUUCUGGCGCUCGCGGGGGGAAUCAUUAAUGCUGCCUUUUCUCUGCGGCAUAUCCUCAGGACAUACGGACCAAAGGCUCGGGCCACGUUGGUAAAGAUGUGGACGGAAGCUCAUGACACCGAUUUCUGGUGA